AUGGAGCCCACGGCUGCAGAAUUGCAGAAGCUUGAACGUAGAGGCUCUGGACCUGUGAAACGGAGGGUGAGUCGGGCGUGCGACCACUGUCAUCGGAUGCGAACGAGGUGUAACGGGCAGGCACCGUGCUCGCGAUGUAUAGAGCUGGAAUAUGUGUGCCAAUAUAAUCGGGAAAAGAAAAGACGAGGAAAAGUACCGAGACACAUACAAAAGCAAAGAGAGGAGGCUGCUGCGGGGCGUAGCCCACAGACCCCGAAUGGCCUAGUUCAACCCAAUGGGUAUUUCGAGAGGUCUGGCGUGAUUUCCGAAAUGGAGGAAGAAGUUUGGUCGCAAUCAGAACCAACACCGGUGGUGCAGCAUUUCUCAACAGGGAAAGAUAGCCUGCAUAACCCGUCCCCGGGAGAGUGGCAGGCUUUGAAUCCUGGAGCGACUUUCAACCCGCCUGUUAACCACAUGAUGAUAGAUCCUCUGCUUCUGGGUUCUGGAGCCACUUAUUCACCGAUGCAUGCUGAGAUGCCACGUAAUGAAGAGCUGAUGUACGCCAUGAACGGAAUGCAUCUCAUCCCCGGUGCUAAUGGUACACCGAUAUCAAUGCCACCAGGAUAUGCGAACAUAGGAUAUCCCAUACAGUAUCCAGCCGUAAGACAGUCGUCGCCUCACAGCUACGGCUCUGCUGAUACCGGGUCGCCGCAGUCAGCGGGUAGCAUCAGUUCGUCGCAACAUGGAGGUGGGACCACAUUGUGCAAGUAUCCAGUGUUGAAGCCCCUGAUACCACACCUCGGGACGAUCAUGACCAUUUCGACAGCAUGCGACCUUCUUGAGUUCUAUUUCCAAAGCUCUUCAUCGGUCUUUAUGGAACCUGUGUCCCCAUACAUUCUAGGAUCAGUCUUCAGGAAGCGCUCCUUCCUUCGUCAACAUAAACCCAGGAAAUGCAGCCCCGCGUUACUAUCCAGCAUACUUUGGGUUGCCGCGCAAACUAGUGAAGCCAGCUAUCUCACAUCAUCGCCGUCGGCGAGAGCGAUCAUAUGUCAAAAGCUCUGGAAAUUGACGGUGGAUCUGCUAAAGCCCUUAGUUCACUCACCUACCUCGCAUGGCUUUGCCCCCGCUUCAGGAGUUUCUUCUUCCGCGCAUGAGGCUUUCGGCGUUGACCGGGCGAUAGGGCGAUACGACGGAAGGCCAGAUGGUGCAAUGCCACCCACCAGUACUCUUGACGAUGUGGCAACUUAUCUUAACCUGGGAGUGGUCACCUCCGCAAGCGAAUACAAGGCAGCCUCGCUCCGAUGGUGGAAUGCAGCCUGGUCACUGGCGAGGGAACUCAAGCUGGGUAGAGAGCUUCCUGAAGCCUCUUCCAAAGACCGCGAUGUUCAUGCCACGGCGGCCGAGAACGGGGAGAUCGACGUAGGCAUGUCGGACUGCUCCCAUUCUGGUGUAGGAACCCCAGCAGCAGCAAUUGUUGAGGAGAUGAAGGAAGAAAGGCGGAGGCUGUGGUGGCUGCUAUACAUGGUCGAUCGACAUCUUGGACUGUGCUAUAAUCGACCAUUGGCGAUGCUGGACAACGAGUGCGAAGACCUUUUCCAACCCGUUCCGGAUACUUUAUGGCAGGCUGGCGAGUUUUACACUGGCCAUACCGGAAGCCCGAGGAGGAAAGGCCUCAACUUUCAAUGCACCUCGCAUGAUGUCUUUGGCUUUUUCUUACCUUUGAUGACGAUCCUUGGAGACAUCGUAGAUCUCAACGCGCAGAAGAACCAUCCGAGGUUUGGCCAACGGACCUCUUGGGAGCUUCACGAAGCAGAGAUAACGCGUCAACUGGAGAGAUACGCAUACAGCAUCGAAGAAUUCAAAGCCCAGCACGGUUGUGGUCCGAACGAGGAAGUCGUCAAUCAGCCAAACGGUACACCGGAUCCAAUCAGGAGUGAGUGGAUUCACCAAACAAGAAAGGUCGCCGCAUACGCCACCCAUAUAAUGCAUGUUUUGCAUAUUCUCUUGCAUGGGAAGUGGGACCCUGUAGCGCUUCUGGAAGACGACAACAUGUGGAUCUGCUCUCAAUCCUUCCUCGCUGCCACUUCGAACGCCAUAUCGGCUGCACAUGCCGUAGAGGAGAUAUUGGAUGUCGAUCCAGAUCUCUCCUUCAUGCCGUAUCUAUUCGGCAUGUACCUUUUGCAAGGAAGUCUGAUCCUUCUCCUAUUGGCCGAUAAGCUGUCUACAGAGACCAAUGAUGGGGUGAUCAGGGCCUGUGAAACGAUCGUCCGAGCGCACGAGGCUGCUGUUGUGACGCUUAAUACUGAAUACCAGAGGAAUUUUCGGAAAGUGAUGAUAUCGACCUUGGCCCAAAUCAAAGGCCAUGGUCACGCCCGAGAAAUGACGCCCGCGAAACGUCGAGAGGUGCUGUCCCUCUACCGAUGGACGAGCCUGGGAAAUGGGCUAGCGAUCUAG